GCCACAGGGACUUUUUAGUAAAUUCCUACGCGGCAAAACCCUAGCUACUUGUCUAUAAAACUGGAACCGUCGCUUCCCAGCGGCUGCAAACUCGUCAAGAUGUCGAAACGAGGACGCGGAGGUUCAGCAGGAAAUAAGUUCCGGAUGUCGCUGGGUCUGCCGGUGGCCGCCACCGUGAACUGUGCCGACAACACUGGUGCAAAGAACCUUUACAUCAUCUCCGUGAAGGGAAUCAAGGGACGCCUCAAUCGCCUCCCAUCUGCUUGCGUCGGCGACAUGGUCAUGGCCACCGUUAAGAAGGGCAAGCCCGAUCUCAGGAAAAAGGUGAUGCCCGCUGUCAUCGUCCGCCAGCGUAAGCCUUGGCGCCGAAAGGACGGAGUCUACAUGUAUUUUGAAGAUAACGCCGGAGUCAUCGUGAAUCCAAAAGGGGAAAUGAAAGGUUCUGCAAUUACUGGACCUAUUGGAAAGGAGUGUGCUGACUUGUGGCCUAGAAUUGCAAGUGCUGCGAAUGCUAUAGUGUAGUUCAUUAACAUUUCAUGUCUCCGAUCUAUACAAUCCGCUUCUAUUUGCUGGGUAUGGAGUUUUGUAUUUUCAUCACGUAUGAUUUGAGAUUUUAUAACUUUAUUGGAUCAUUUGAAUUCUGUCAUAUUAGUAUUUUCUUACAGGGUAAAUUGGACUGUGGUUUAUGAGUUAUUUAUAUCCGUUAA